CCGUGAUUGGUUGCGUCACAAGCCGGACACUCCUGGAGUUAUGUCGGUUGGCGAUGGACAGGGGAGUAUUACGACACCAACAUGUCCGACCAUUGACACCGAGAUCAAAAUGAUGACGGAGUUGAUGAAGUUACGUCCGAUGACGGUAUGGGACGCCUCAUUCGACAGGGCUCAUCGAGGGCCACAAACAUCCUAAUAGGACCCAUGAUCUCAGAGGCCGGGAGCAUGAUGAAACUUCAACCUAACCCAACCUAACCUUUUUUUUUACGAGGGAGGAAAAAUGCGUUACGCACUCCAGGCAGAUGGACGCCCGGUAGUGUGGGACUCCUACCAUUAUAGUGUACCCACUAAAAAACAUCGCCUCGAUUUCGCCUAGCGGUGCCAGUGCCACCGGACCAACCCCGGAUCCGCUAUUAAGCAUUACUUCGGGGGAGGGGGACAAAGAAUCUGGCCGUGAAAACUAAAUACCUAACCUAACCUAACCUAAGCUGGUCCUCAUCAGAAGCGAUCGCUCCUCUCCCCCGUUCUUCCUUUCCUCCUUUUCCUGAAGACAACGAUCAUGUCAUCCUCUUCCCCAUCAAUUCUUAAUCGGAGGAACGAUAGCGGAUGAUCCCGUUCGGAUCAGAGGUUGGCUACUACUUCCCUCCUCUCCAUUCCUCCUCCAGGCCAUCAUCACCCAGGCCAUGCUCUUGGCCUCAUUAGAAUCUCCUCACCUUGAUAGGGAUUCUGGGCAAGACAACAUUUGCUUUUCUCUCCAUUGCUAUCUCCAUCCAUCAUCGUGAUCAUCUUAUGCCAUCAUUUGAUCAAACUUCCCUCCCCGUGCCCAGGCGAAUGAGCCCCCUCCCCGGAAAGUCGCGCGACAUACCGACAGAAAAAGCUGUAUAGUGUAAUAUGAAAAAAAAAGAGAAAAAAAGAAAAAAAAAUACCGCAAACUUGUACUCUAAUUAACGAACCUGGUGGGAUAUUUUGAUGUGUCUUUAAAUACGACGACGAUGUAAGUCACAAAGGCGACGCUCUCAAUUGGAUAACGUCAUUCUGAAACCCUGGUGUUCCUCAUUUCAAGUUCAACGGAUUGUUAGACCACUAUCCAUAUAUUAAUCACAAAACUAGUGAUUGCAUCAACUUCGGAGUUAACUAAGAAGCGUUAAAUAAUUUACUGGAUACAAUGAAAUACAAGAGGAUGAAGAUCAUUCUGCUAGCGUGCACGUGUGUGACGAUUAAUGCACUCAAACCAGAGCCAGAAGCGUUGAUGGGAAACUUGCCUGGUUAUGCGAUUACCACCGGAAUGCAACAGCUAAAUUCGACCAGAUGCCGAAGAGAAAUGCAGAUAUUCCGGGACGCGGUAGACAACGGUGUACUUUGGAGUUUGAGAAUGUUGGACGCGAGCGGACAACCAACGUCAGGAUACAUUUCAGGAAACAACUAUUGGGUGGGAAAUAGACAAGGAUGCGAGUUCCUUAGCCAGAAGAGACAAUUUCCAUUGUCUGAGAAGAAGAUUCGAAAUAAUUCGAUCUACCGUAAUCCAGCUGAAGAGUUUCCGCCAUUCGAGCUCAACUUCUUUGGUGCUCAUCUCCGUCAGAAUGGCACUGUGCAGUAUCAUAUGAUAGUUCCUAUCCACGAGAUAAUAGUACUCGGACUUUGUCUGCCAGCAUCCUGCAGCGAAAACGAAGUGGGUACAAUGCUAAAGAAGGUAUUCGACGAUAGACUUCUUCUAGUUGGACAACUCUAUUCGACGGACUUUGAGUUGAUGAAAAUCUCUAAUCUGAAAGAUGAUCAUGCAUGGCUUCUCAGUGGAAAAAUUAUUACGAUUUUAUUUAUUUUGACAGUAUUAUUCGGUACAACGAUAGUAGCCACGUUAUACGAUAUUCUCAUCUAUCAGAAACGUCUACAGAAAAAUACAGACGACGACAACGACAGCACUAUCGAAUUAAAGAACAACACGGAGGAGAAGUCGGAAUAUAAUGAAGAGGACGCUGUACCAUCAGAACCGAAAGCAGAGAAUCGAAUUGCAAAAAUCCUUAUAUGUUUCUCAGCUUAUUCGAACAUGAAACAAAUAUUCAAAUUAGACAAUAGUUCGAAAGAAUUGAGAGCGUUUCAUGGCAUAAAGGUGUUAGGAAUUAUAUGGACCAUUUAUGUCCACGUUAUAUUCUACGCACUGAACAUUAUUGGUAACAAGGCAGAGGAUUAUAUAACAAUGAGCAAUAUUGAAUCGCAAAUCAUAGCCAAUGGUACAUUAUCUGUGGAUACGUUUUUCUUUAUCAGUGGUUUCCUCGUGGUGUUUGGAUUUACAAAGAAAUUACAAAGGAACGAAAAUAACGUUUCAUUAAGCAGUAAUGUAAUGACUUUCAUUCGUGCAAUCAUCAAAAGCUACAUCAGGUUUACACCGACGUACUUGAUUAUAAUAUUGCUCGCCAUCAUAAACUUCACUUGGAUUGAGAAAUUUUCAUUGAUGGAUUUCAAUGAACCGAUGCACGAACUAUGCUCAAAAUACUGGUGGAGAAAUAUACUCUACAUCAAUAAUCUCUUCGAAUGGAAUGAUAUGUGUCUGACAUGGAGCUGGUAUAUCGCCAAUAACAUGCAGUUCUUUGUUUUUGGUAUCUUUGUUUUGAUUUUAUCAAGCAGCUACUAUUACACUGCUCUAAGCUUAAGCAUUGCUACUAUGUUUUUAUCCAUAUUCGUGCACGCUUAUAUAACGUACGACAUAGGAUACAUUCCUACAUUCGAUAUGCAAAGUGAGACGUUUACUUUCAUAUACAUACGACCAUGGAUGAGAAUACCACCGUACAUAGUAGGGAUGGGCACAGCGGUGUUUCUUGCAAAAUGCAAUUAUAAAUUACAUCUGUCAAGGACAUCGUUAGCUGCCUGCUGGUUCCUCAGCGUUUUGUGUAAUUGCACGAUUCUAUUUGGUAUCUCAAAUAGAAACGUGUCGCUUACCGUAUCAGUCCUUUACGAGACGUUUAGCAGAUUUGCUUGGAGCCUUGGAAUAGCGUGGCUCGUAAUCGCCUGUGCCACAAACAAUGGCGGUAUCGUAAAUCAAUUUUUGUCACUAAAGUAUUGGACUCCCUUCAGCAGAGUAACGUUCUGCGCUUAUCUUCUAAAUCCACUCAUAAUACAAUUAAUGGGUAUGUUUAGCAAUUAUCCAUUCAACGUUGAAGUUUUAACGACCAGUGCUUAUGGUAUCGCAAUAUGUGUAGUUAGUUACUUUGUGGCUUUUGGAUUGUCGGCGAUGAUUGAAGUACCUACGACAAUAUUCUUACGAACACUCAGUACAUAGUAUGGUGGACCUCGAAGUGCACAAAUUACUUUAUUGCAGUUUAUGGCGGGGCCAGAAAGGGCCCGCAGGAAGGUCCUGUACGAAGGAGCCAGCUGGGCUCUUCAUGCGCGGAUUACACAAUACAACCUUCAACCUGUCCGAUCAGCAGCGGGGGCUUUCUUUAUUUUCGAUUCGAUAGAAAAAGGUUAGGUUUGGUUAGGUUAGUUAGCCAAAAAGUACUAAUAAAAAAAGUCCUGAAUAGCUUUAGUCAAUGAAAAAUAACUACCUACUUCAUAUCUUGUAAAAAUUAUAUCUCUGAUAGCCUGGAAGACCUUAAUCAUUCAAAAAAUAUUAGUAUUAAAUUAUUUUCCAGCUUGGCAGAGCUAUGUUCAGAGCUCUGUGUACUACUAGAUAUAUGUAUGUAAAGUACAGGAUCUUUGUGCGGGCCCUUUAUGUCCCCACCAUAAAGUAAUUUGCGCAGUUCAUUCACGACCGUACACGUCAGUACGUUUUUCUUACGGAUAAUCUCAGCGACGAGGAAGGCUGCGAGAUCGGGUAUUCAAAUACCUUUCAAGCAACUAUAAUAACCAUACAGUACGUUGUUUGUUGUUAGGCACCAUUAUUACUGUUGCAGUCUGCCCCCGUUUGCUCGCGUUCGUUAAAACCGAGAAAGACCAGAUUCUUGCUUUGUGGAAUCGAAACUAAACUCUGUUAAUUCAAUUCACUAUAAAAUUAUAAAUUAGAAUGAAACUCAUUAAAUACUGCGACAGUUACACUCAAAAGUUGUAAAAUCCCGUUACAAGGCGAAUAAAUUCAGAUCAUUUAUAGCUUA